AGAGACGCGUACCGGAGGUUCGACGACUUUUGGCGACCUUGGGUGACGGGGUCGAAUGUAUCGAGCGCACCGAAUCGAAUUGAAUCGAAUUGAAUCGAAUGGAAUGGAACGGAACGGAACGGAACGGAAUCUCGUUACAUAUGCACUGUAGGCGAUUACGUCAGUAGCGGAUCGGCCGCGUCGCGCCAGCUGACGCUUCGUGUAUCGCGUAUUUUCUCGCCACGUCUAUUUGCGGCUGGUCGCUUUAAAUCGCUUACCGCUCGAAAUCGUCUAUCGUGAAUUUCUUCGAUUCGUUCUAUUCGUUGCUGAAUCAACUGUUUCGCGUUUCGUUCCGAUUCGGUUUGCCGACACGUCGCGUCUUAUCGAGGUUCCACGCGCAACGACGAUUCCUUUCCGAACGUAGGCUCGAUAAUUAGAGCGCACCUAUUAAUCGAAAGUGAUUACGAAACGACUCGCAUGCUUGCUCCGGUGCAACAGCGCGUGUCGACCAAGUAAAACGGCUGCGGCCGUAGCUCGGAAAUUAGCUCCUUUCCUGGCUUAUCUGUACAAAAUCCUCUUUGCUGCUUGUUCCUGGCGCGUCUGGUUAAUUCGCGAUGAGAUCGAGCGUUGAGUGGAAAGGUUUCGUGGAGCAUCCGUUCGUUCGGUCGCUGCUUCGCCCGUUGGCCUUUCCUCGUGUUCGUUCGUCGUGGAAACUUUUCGGUGAUUCAUUCCUUCCUCGUGACCUGAACAGCUGUUGCGCGCCUCCUCCACUCACCUCCUCUCGCUUCUUCUCGCCUUUGCCUCCUUCGAGCUCUCUCAAGCAAGGAAUCGUUUGUGCGUGACAAGCCGCGUAAUCCGGUAUAAAUAGGUCCUCCAGAGUCCUACCUCCUACGGAUUUCCUACCUUCCUUUGCGAAUUCUCUACCUCGUUUCCCUCUCGAUACUUUCCUUUCUACCUAUCUCUUGCAUUUUGCUCACGGGGCCAUUCCCAAUGACAUUCGUCGACCGAAUUAUUCCGCUCUCAACUGUCUGAAAGGUCGUUCGUCGUUCGUCGUUCUUGACGCCGAUUGUAUUCGACUUUGUACAUUUUUUCCGCUUUCCCGACGAUCAUCAAAUUAUGCAACUAUGUUUUUACCAAUGCAACGCGGCAAUUGUUCUGUCGUGGCCGUGUCGAAUGGAAGUAUGUAUUUAUGUAGGUUUCUCGGCGCGCGCUUCGCUCUUGUUUCCUACUCGACCGAUCACGGCCGUUUCGUUUCGUUUCGUUUCGUUUCGUUUCGUCGGUCGCAUCUCGAAAAUUGCUCGUUCAACAAGGUAGUAACUAUGGUCGAGAAAUAACGGGAAACGUCCCAGAUUCCUCGAGAAAGAGAGAGAUUCCAGGUUUCAGCGAUAAACACGAAACGGUCGAGCCAAAGUCGACGAAGAAACUGUUGCUUUUUCCAUUUCGAACAGAGGGGAAAAUUUGGCGAAAUUUCAACGUUGCGAAAGCUGUUUUGCGAUACGUGCAAAGGCGACAGCGACAGCCUCUAUCGCUUGCAUAGAGAUGAUACGUUGGGCGUCGCGAUAACUUGGCCAUCGCGAAACAUCGAGCUCGAAAGAUCGCUCUUUGAAUCCACGUUCUUUUCAAAAACAGUUGUCCGUUAUCUUGUCAAACUCACGGAUCCGUGUCUCUCUCGCUCUUCAAAGAUUGCACGAGGAUUCAAUGUCAAAAUAAAUUUCACGAGUAGCAAUCGUGAAAGACGAUAUUUGCGAGUAUUGCGCAACCGAGAAAUUAUAUCGUCAAAAAAUGAUUCCAUACUUGUUUGACUCGAUUUCUCGUUGUCUUCGCGAUCGGAUGGCGCGUUUCGUUCGCGUCGAUGGGUAAAACCUCGAUAUCGAUAUCGAUAUCGAUAUCGGUAACGAUCGCGAUCGCAUGGUUCGCGUUAUCUCUAUCGAAGAAUAACGGACAGAAAACGCAACGAAGAGAUUCGCUAAACUCGUACUUGAUCUAUUUUUCGGUCAAAGAUUUGAUUCGAUCGAGUUCUUUUCCCCGUUCAGUUCAACGUUGAGCAACUGAACCGUUUUCAUUUUUACGCGAAUUCGUUGAAUAUCGAUCGUUUCAAGGCAUCGUGAUAAUCCGAAAAUUCAAUCGCGAUAUCUCCUCGGCGAUAAAACGCACGUUGAAUUCGCGGAAGGAAGCAAGAAUCGUGGUAACGCUCGCAAAAUAUUUACACGGCUGAGAGAGCCAGUCCAGCGUGUUCGUCGGCGAGGUACAACGAGUUGCCUUGCCUUACCUUACCUUACUUCACCUUACCUUGCUUCACCGCUUUCCUUCCUUCUUCGAGAUCGAUUACGAAAUCUUUUCCAACAUUCGAUUUCCUGCUUUUUCGAUCGUGUACGCUACGACUCGUAGCAGACCCGAUUAAUAGCUUUUGCUCUGCUUCCGCACUUCCGUUUCUCCGUUUUUGCACGCAAUCAUGAGAUCAAGCGGUGUACGCGAACGGACGAUUGAUCGAUCGGUCGUUAAUUACGUUCCCGCGACGACGCGUCAUCGUCCUCGACUUUGGAGCGUAUCGUAUCCAGGAAGAAAACACGCUCGAAUGAAUCCGCAUAUAAAGGUCGCGGGUCGACCGGAUGACGUGCGAGCUGCGAAGGAGAAGAUAAUGGAAAUUUUGGACACGAGGAGCAAUCGAGUAACCAUGAAACUGGAUGUAAGUUACACCGACCAUUCGCACAUCAUCGGAAAGGGCGGUCUGACGAUCAAACGAGUGAUGGAGGAAACUGGAUGUCACAUUCAUUUCCCGGACAGCAAUCGUAGCAACCAUCAAGAGAAGAGUAAUCAGGUGUCGAUCGCUGGAGAAAUGGAGGGUGUCGAACGAGCCCGUGCUCGAGUCAGGAAUCUUACGCCUCUGAUCUUCUCGUUUGAAUUACCGAUCAUGGGCUCUUCGCAGACCGUGCCGGAUUCCACUUCGCCGUACGUGGUUAAGAUUCAAGAGAAAUACAACGUCCAAGUGAUGUUUCGCACCAGACCAAAACUGCACGCUACCUUGGUGGUGGUGAAAGGUUGCGAAUGGGAAGUAUCUCAGGUGAAAGAAGCGACCGUGUUGCUCAUUCACUACAUGUGCCAAAACCUAGCUAAUCAAAUACAAGUACAAAUGACGAUGGAGAUUUCGCCGCAACAUCACAGCAUCGUUCUCGGGAAGCAAAGCAGUAAUCUGAAGAUGAUCAUGCAACGCACAGGCACUCAGAUAAUGUUCCCCGAUGCCGGAGAUCCAAACAUUCCCAGCCUGAAGAAGAGCAACGUGACGAUCACCGGUGGCAUUCACAACGUCUAUUUGGCUCGGCAACAAUUAGUGGGUUCGCUGCCUUUGGUUCUGAUGUUUGAUCUUCCCGAGGACUCGAUGUCCUGCGUCGACACGGAAAACAUUUCGCAGUUGAUGCAGUCGUUGGACGUUUUUAUAAACGUGAGGCACAAGCCGAAACAGAGCACGCUGUCGGUCAUCAUAAAAGGGAUCGAACGAAACGCCAGUAAUAUUUACGAAGCGAGAAAACAGCUUUUGGGCUUGGACGAGCCCCGGGUACACGCGGAGAUACCUGCCACUUACCAUAUUCCGAAUGCAGGAAAUGUCUUUCAGGGAAACACCAGCAACGGUACAGGUACCAACAACAAUCUGAUGGGCAAUCUAUCGGAAAGCUUGUCAAACAUCUUGACGAUAAACACGCAGAAUCCACCUUACUGCGUGUCGCCGAUGUCUCAUUCGCCGAAUCCGCUGGGCUUGUCGCCUCACUGGGGCUUGUCAACGAUACCCUCCAUGUUCUCGCCGAUUCCGCUUCAUCAUUCUUACCCAUAUCCGCAUCUUAAUCACCUGCUGACCACGCAGCACGUGUUGCACAACAACGGGAUGCCUCCUCAUUCCCACGGACUGACGAACCACGCUUUGACCAACAUCGGCCAGCUUCACUCCAACGUGCCUACCGGCUUUCACAGUAUUCCAGGACUGAACGGUAGUUCCUUGCCAGACAGCAAAGAAGGCAGUGCUUACUCGUCGUUGAGCAGCGUUUCUAGUUCUCUAUCUAGUCCAGCAAUCAGUCCUCGUAAUGUAUCUCCGGUCAAUCCUAUCGAGACUAGUCCUAAUUUAGAUUUAUCGAGUAUGCUGUCCGAUCUGUCGGUCUCGGAUCGACGCGCACCAGGUUGCGAAAAGAAAUCCUUGGAAAUGGCUGUGCAACAGAAUUUCGCCCCGUUCGACUACGAGCAGAAGAAAAUGUUGGCGGCGAAAGCGAUUCAAAGGAAACCGAGCUUCAACGAUUAUCGCGUGCCCACGUCAGCUUGGUCCGGUUACGGGCUCAGCCAAUCCAUUCCUCCCAUAAGCACGACCGACUUGAACAAAGAGUUAACGGCCACUUCUCAUCCGUCCGAUCUGUGGAAAGAACCGACGACACCGGUCUACGGCAAGGAGGUCGAAUUUGCUAUCGGUUCCGGCAAAGAUCGCGUUGGACAGAUCGGUAUAACCUCCAACUACAUGGAACACACGCCUACUUCGCAACUGAACAGAAUCACUUCUCAUCGGUACGACGACUUGACCAGCAUGCUCACCAGUGUCGGACUGGAGAAAUAUAUACGCCUGUUCACGUCUCACGAAGUGGACAUGGCUACGUUUCCCUCGCUAACGGAUAAAGAUCUCUGCGAAAUCGGGAUAAACGCUUGGGGUGCGAGACGUAAAAUAAUGCUGUUGAUCGCUGAAAUGAACAAACGAACCAGUCCGUUUUGCGGGAGCGCGGCUCCCGGUGCAGAACGCAAGUCGUCCAACGCCACCAUCACCUCCAGCACGAUGGAAAAGUGUAAUCUGGACAGCAAGUGGUAAAACGAGGACAAAAAAAGGUGAUAUUCUUAGAGAACCGUUGAAAAGCAACGGACUCGAACAGGAUUCUCGUGUUGUACUUAAAGCUCGUGCUGUCGCGGAAUGUUUGCCCGGCAGAUAUUGGAUUUCGAGACAGCGGAACACGAGAAAAUCGAGAUCGAAUCGGCGAGGCAACUCGCGCGAUUCGACGCUAGAAUCAAGGUAUAAUUAGUGUGUUAAUUUACGAUUCCAGGCACCAAAAGGAUAACCCGACGAUUCUUUUUUGUGAACGAGGACCGUUUGUAUUCUUUUUUUUUCUUCUUUUUUUUUAAUUUUUUUUUUUUUUUUCUUCACAGUCCUCGAUCCACAUGUUCGGAAGGUGCCUUAGAUUAAGUAAUUCGUUGUUAAUUUUGUUUCGUUAACUUUUUCUUACGUUGCUAAAUGGUCUUUCUAUUUGUCCCGCGCGAUACUCGACGAAUCGAUGAUUCUCUGCAUCGCUUUGCGCGUAGUAUCGUUCGACUCGGUUGUGUGUCCUGUGUGCUUGUGUAACGGUGAAGAGGUUCGUGAAUCGCGAACGAUAGGCGUACGGUAUAUAAAUUAAUGAACGGAUAACGGUUCGAUUGGUAGAACGAAAGCUUAGCAGAAGCGACGCGACGCUUCGAAAACUCGAUGUUCCGCGCGUUCAGCGGCCUUUCGCUUUAGCGAAGUUAUAAUAUUUAUCUCGACUAAGCUCGAAAUUCGGUGGAACGCAAAGUGAAAGAAAUGGGGGAGAAUCGAGAUGAAACUGGUUCUUUGCAGCUCCGUUUUCGAGUUUUACAAAAUAACAAAGUAUUUAUUAUUCAUUCGCGAGGGACGCUGGACGCGCUUCGAGCUACGGAUUAUUAUCGAUUCCAUUUCUUGGGUGCAUCGUGAUUUUCUUAGGUUUUCUUUUGUUUUCUCUGAAUUUCUUUUUGUUUCUUUUAAAUCUAAGCACUCGAUAGAAUGGCGCGGUGAAGCAUCGAGUGAGAUAUUUUUGUCGAAUCAAUAAGCUGCAUGCGCGUGUUUUCUUGUUCCGUUUACGUAGUAGCAGUUUUACAGAGGUAAGGUAGUCGCUCGAUAUAAAUUAUUAACGUUUUAAACUUAUUUUUUUUUCUUUCUUUUUUUUUUCUUUCUCUCGCGAGCACGAAUGAAACGGAAACGUUAGGCAAUCGAGCGGAGAUUUUGCUCUUGCAGUAAUCGACAACGAUGUAGAUUAGAGAAAGUAUCGUAUCGAAACAUUCGUUAAUCGCGAUUGAAGCGGUUCGUCGAUUGACGCAGUCAGCAAUGCAAAUUGUUCUUAUCGCUCGGUGUAUGUGUGCUAAUGAAAAUCGCAACACCGUCUUGGCCAAAGCUACCGAGGAUGCCUAACGAACAAUUUUACCGCUAAAAGUUCUUGACUAAGUCUUUCGUGAAGUCUUUUUAAGCAUAAAUUAUUCUCUCGUUUGAUACAGCACGAUCGACUCGUGCUCGAUAGCGAUCGGAAUAUUAGAAAAGAAAAAAGAGGUACUAUAUGUUAUCUACUUGUGUGUACCUAACGAUAAGUAUACGUAUGUGCGCGCGGCUGAAUGUGUGUGGGAUAUAUUACAAGACUGUGUCCGAUCGUCCCUGUUCCUCGUGUUCGUGUUUCACGGCUAAAUAAUAAUAUAAUCGUUUCUUUGAUAGACGAAUAUACAACUAGCUAACUUCGAACUCGUCACUGUUCGUUGUUCGAUCGUUGCGACGAUCGGACCACGGACAUAUUUUCUAUUUUGCUGUUGCCUUCGUAACGGAGAAUUGUUGUUUUCGUUUUCGUUAUCGUUUUCGUUUUCGUUUUCGUUUUCGUUUUCGCGAUGGAACGUCGUACAAGCGUUCGAUCGCAACGCUGAUUCGUUAUUCGCGGGAUGAAGCUUGAUCGAUGGGCGCAAGAUUUUUCUCUCGGAGCUCUUGCACGAUCGAUCAGAGCUCGAUCUUUCUUUCGACGUAGAAAGAACAACGCGUAUCUAAAGAUGAUAACGAUGACAAACUAUGUGAUCCGAUAUAGCUUUCAUUAAUGGCUGUUACUGCGAUUAACAAAGUUAGUAUUAUUAACGGGAUCUUGGGUAUCCAUUUUUUCGAGCAAUUAGAUGUUUGCUCGUUUUCCUCAAACAAUUGAAAAAAGCCUUUGAAUCGGAUAAACAAAGUAUUUAGCAGCGAUGAUUAUCGAUCUAGUCGCUGAAACACGCUCGCGCAGCGUGCCUAUCAGCUAGUGGAAAAAGGCGAGAAAUGAGAAAUAAGACAUUCCAGAACAGCGAGAAACGCGAACGAGUCAAAGGAUUAAAAGCGAAUACAAACGAGUUUUGAACGUUGUUUGUUUAAACUUGUUUCGUAUCGAUGUUGUAAUUAUUAUUGCUAGACGAUCGAAGGACGUGCCCGCCCAUCGAGCAAGCGAAACAACAUAACGAAUAAAUUAAUCGACCAAUGUAUGUACAUAAUAUAAAACAACAAAAAAAAAAAAAAAAAAAAACAAAAAAAACAAACAAACAAACAAAGGAGAACAAAAAAAAACCAAAAGAUGUGUAUCGCGUCGGGUGCACGAAAGGGAAAGCGUUUUAUAACGAUGCGGCAUGAUAUUUUUAUACGGUAAUCUUUGGUUAUUUCGAUAAACAACGAACAUAUCUCGUAAUUGAUCCAUUAUCGUUUGUUUCGAAGGAAACGCCGAGUAAA